AUGCUUAAGCUCCUGGUCGUCUUCGUGGUGAUGGUCGCAUUCGCGCAAAUUCUGGGGAUGGGCGCCAGCCUGCGACGCGCGGUUCUGUCACGCUGUGCGGCCUUCCACCACGGAGAGCAUCACACCGGCAUCAGUCGUACAGGCAGUAGCGCGACCCAUGCUGCCAACAGCUUUGUCGGCCGCCGCGGUUACUACCUUCAUGAGGGGGGAGGCAGUCUGUUCUCUGGCCCUUUGGAGCCAGGAUCUCGCCCCGCGCACGGAUUGGUAGGAGUAUGGUUGCCGACGGGAUUCGAUCUGGGGUUCUGUGAUACCGCCGGAACUACCGGUCCCAGAUCGUCCAUCGCAAUCCGAAUUAGGGCCGCAUCCGACGUGGCAGCUGUCACAGCGGUACAGCCGGCGACUGCUACUGCUACAGCUGCUACGGCCGAGUCUACAGAAUUUCUUGCGCAUACGGACCGUCGUACUGAUCAUCAUUUUGUGGACCUGGCUACGUCUCGUGCGCUGGUGGCGGACGGAGCAGCAGCAGCAUCGUCAUCAUCAUCAUCAUCGUCAUCAUCAUCAUCGUCAUCAUCAUCAUCAUCGUCAUCAGCAUCAUCUCGCGGGGGUGAAGUUGGCGGUGGUGUUGGCACCACUGGAGCUCGGAGGCGGCACCUGGCGGAACCCGAAGCGGCGGCGGCGGCGGUGGUGGUGGUAUUGGCGGUUUCGGAGGACCGAAUGGUGGUGGAGCUGGUCGAGGUGGGGGCGGAUGUGAAGGCUGCCGUACGGGCGGCGGCGGCGCUGGUGGGGUCAGUGGACGCCUUCACUAGGCGUCUUGAGAAAGCGGUCGUGUCGUCGUACGAGGCGCUCCGUACAGUGCCGUACGACAUCGGGUUGCCAUCGGGAGCGCCGGCGGAGGACAAGAGGUUGUCCCGCAAGCUGUACGACAUUAUGUCACUGAAUACGGCACCCGGCUGGUCAACUCCCGAUCGUACGCCCCACGGCCGUCAAUGGCUGUGGGACAGCUGCUUCCAUUCAUUGGGUAUGAACCUUGUAAAUCACACUCUCUCCUGGGAACAACUGAAGGGGACCUCCAUGGGAUUGUUGGACCCUUCACACGCUCCUCUCGCUCACUGGCCCUUCCGCAGGUUCUUAGAGUGGCUGUCAAGGCACCGCUCCCGGGACGGCGGUCUCACCUACUUUUACGUCCACGGUUUUGAAAGCGGCAUGGACAACUCCCCACGAUUCGACAGCAGCUCUCUGAAAUUCAGAUCCAAAUCCGGAUCCAAAUCCAGAUCCAGUUCAGCUUCUUCGGGAGGAAUCCAGGCCCAAAGCUGGAGCGUGGGUCUGGGAGUGGGUCUUGCGACCCGGCUGGGCGCUGCGAUUCGGAAAUGGACGGGUGACCCGCGGGUCGGUACGUGUGUGGUGUGUACGCCGCAUUUGGUGUCCGUGGACUUAUGUGCUCUGGUGGCGAGGGAGAUGGAGCUGGUCGGCCGAAUGAUGAGGGAGCUGGGCAGGGAGCAGGAGGCUGGUCACUGGACCAAUCGCAGCCGCGCCGUGACGGCGGCUCUGGUGGACAAUACCUGGAACUCCGAACGGCGAAUGUACGGCGAUGUACUGCACGGCGGGGGCGUGGUUUCGGGGUUGCUGCUGCCGCUUCUCGGAGCUCAUCAGCCGCGCCGCCAAGUCAGCGGGCUGCUGACGUCAGCCGGGCUACUGCCGCUGCUGGCGGGGCGGUUGCCUCAAGAGCAUCUUAACGGCCUGCUGGCGCACCUCAAGGACACAAACUCCUUCGCCACUCCCGUACCGCUCCCCACUGUCGCUGUCGCCGACAUGGAGGCGAUGAGUGGCGAUGAUGCUGACGUUGGCGGGAAGGAGGAGGAGGCGGGGGUGGGGAUGGGGGGAAGGACUCCCUCCCUGGACAUGUGGCGCGGGCCGAUGUGGGUCAACAUGAACUACCUGGUGGCGAUGGGGCUGAGAGAGCAAGCGGCGUGUCGAGAGUGCGACCGACUUGCUAGCUGGAUUGUACGGAGUACCAUAGCGGAAGUACGAAAAUGGUACGACGGCGGCGCUGACGAAGACGAUGACCAACAUCAUCACCACCACCACCACCACCACGACCAUCAAUCCCACUCCGGCCCUAUUGGGCAUCACGAGACUGCCGCUGCAGCGGCGGCGGCAUCCGCCCAUGGCACGGUGUUUGAGUUUUACGACACGUUCGGCAAAGUUCCCCCCACGCGGCUGACUCGCAAGGGGAUGGAGGGGCGGCCGUCGGGGCCUCCCGGACUGGGUUCCAUCUCCUCGGUGACCGAGCGCGCGGGAGGGACACAGAACAGACCCAGCCCCACAGAUACAUAUACCCAUACGUCGCCAUACACACCCUCGGAUUAG